GCAUCUGCCGGUGCUCGAAGAACAACACCGAAACCGACUUUUGUGGACGGUAGUGGAACUGAAUUUCUACUUGUAUUCCCGUGGAACAACGCACCGUUUGGCUCUAAACAAGACAUUUACCUUGAUUUAAUCAACCUGGAUGAAUUCAGUUCUGCCCAUGUAAAUAUAACAUAUUACACGUUGAACGAAAACAACACUUCAGAAAAGAAUGAGGAUUACAUUGCUGUGCCUUCCACGAAUGCUCGUACAUAUUUCUUACCGAAGAACUGCGUUUGCCAGAAAAGAAGUUAUUUGACCAGCAUGACGCAAGUACCAAGUACAAAAAUUAAUCUAGUCUCUGAUAUACCAAUCUCAGUUGUGGGACAUAACUAUUACAACGGCACUGGAGACUCAUUCGGAGGUGCAAGAUUCAUUUUCAUUUCUUCGCUUGUAGCUGUAACAUUUAAAGGGGACUUAGCUGCUGACGUCGCUGUUUUGACUAUAGAACCAAAAGAAACAGUAAUCUUUGCAUACGGUAGCGAACCUUUUGCUAUUGUUGCCGCAGUAAGGAAUCUACCAGCGGUUGGAGGACAGAAUGGCACUGAUUUUGGAAACCCACUACAAGGCAUAUUUACGACCGACUUAACAUUCGCUAACCGUUUUCUUUUCACACCUCGCAGUGGCUCCCAGCAAACAAUGGACAUAAAAGCUCAAGGAGAGCUGACAACCAGAUGGUUAUCUUUUCAAGCGGGUCCAGAUACCUUAGAGAAAUUCGACCGAAGUGAAUUUGGCAACAUGAUCAACUUCCAUCGUGGACUCGGAAAUGUGGUACGUUAUGGAAACUGUUAUGGCGACACCGAUUUGUUGAAUGACGGUGCAUUCCUGGACACCGUGAUCCCCGAAUCACAAUACAUCACUGGAAAAACUGGUUAUGUACUGCACCAUCUGAACAACUGGAUAAUGAUCAUUGGCGAUGAGGCGACACGAAACACGUCGAGACAUGACGGAAAACCAAUUGACUCAGAUUCUUAUACGGUGUUUAAAUACGAUAAGGUGCAACGUUAUUAUCAGACUAUAGCAAAUGUAGUACAGGGGUUCCACUGGUUUUCAGCUGAAGGAGAGUAUAUGCUUUACGUCUGUUCAGCUGGAAAUGGUUUUGCUGCAUCUUACACGCCCCGCAUUCAAGGUAUCUGCACUGCCAGCCGAAGUUGUAAGAUAAAUCUGACGCUUUUAAAGGCACUCUUUUUGUCCACCAAUCAGCUUAAUUAAAA